GACAAUCUAGUUUACAACGAUACCGAUUUAGAAGAGUACGACGACGAAAUGACUGAAGGUAAAAAUAUACCCACCACCCCAGGGUCCAGUGCCGAGGUACCCUUUCGCCGUAUGGGUGAAUUUCGCAAAACCUCACUGAGCAUCAAUCGUUUGGUUGGUGUUAUCGAUGAGGGCACCAAUGUUGUCAGUUUCUCCAUUUAUACCACUCCCGAUUUCAAAGAAAUUGCUGCUCAUCGCAUCGAGAAGCAAAUGAUUAGCGUUAAAGAUGGUUGGUUCGAACAGGAUCCUGUGGCCAUUAUCAAUAAUAUUUAUCGUUGUGCCGAGGUGGCGGUUAGUAUGCUACCCUCUUUGGGCUAUCGCAAAGAGGAUAUUUACACAAUUGGUAUAACAAAUCAGCGAGAGACUACUGUGGUGUGGGAUAGUGUAACGGGGAAACCACUCUACAAUGCCAUCGUUUGGAAUGAUAUUCGCACCACCAGCACCGUGGAUCAAAUAUUGGCUAAAAUUCCCGAACAAAAUAAAAAUCAUUUUAAAAAUAUUGUCGGUUUACCGGUGUCGCCAUAUUUUUCCGCUUUGAAAAUUCGCUGGCUAAAGGAUAAUGUACCGGCGGUGAGGAAGGCGUGUCGUGAGAAGCGUUGCAAAGCCGGAACAAUUGAUAGUUGGAUUGUGUGGAAUUUGACAAAAGGUUCUCUGCACAUAACCGAUGUAACAAAUGCCUCCCGAACACUCCUUAUGAACAUUGAAAGCCUUGAAUGGGACCCCCUAAUGUUGAAGACAUUUUCUAUACAUCAGGAAAUGCUACCAGAAAUUCGUAGCUGUUCCGAAAUCUAUGGCAAAGUAUGUGAUGAACGUUCGGUAUUGAAUGGUAUGCCCAUAAGUGGGAUACUCGGUAAUCAACAAGCCUCGCUGCUAGGACAAAUGUGCAUUAAACCGGGACAAACAAAGAACACCUAUCGUUCAGGAUGUUUCUUGCUAUGUAAUACCGGUUCAACUCCGGUAAUCUCCUCACGAGGUUUACUAACCACCGUUGCCUACAAACUUGGACCCAAUUCCACACCCAUCUAUGCUCUAGAAGGUGCUGUGGCCGUCGCGGGUCAUGCCUUGGAAUGGUUACAAAAUAAGGUGCGCAUUAUGCCAAAUGCUACCGAUGCUGAGAAAUAUGCCGAAUCGGUACAGACCACCGGUGAUGUGUAUUUUGUGCCAGCCUUUACGGGACUCUAUGCACCAUAUUGGCGCAAGGAUGCUCGUGGUAUGAUAAUUGGCCUAACACAAUUCUCCACCAAACAUCAUGUGGUGAGGGCAGCUCUGGAAGCUAUUUGUUUUCAGUCGCGUGACAUUUUGGAGUGCAUGUACAAAGAAGGUGGUUUCAAAUUCAAUAAACUGCAUGCCGAUGGCGCUUUGUCAUCGAAUAAUUUGCUAAUGCAACUGCAGGCCGAUACAGCUGGUGUGCCGGUAUUCCGUUCCCAACUACUCGACUCAACAGCCUUUGGGGCGGCGAUGUGUGCUGCCCAAGCCGAAGGUGUUGAACUGUGUAAAUUUGAUCCCGAGAAGAGGCAUUAUGAUAAUAUUUAUUAUGAUACCUUUUUACCCACCAGUACCGAAGAGGAGCGCAAACAUCGUUAUGGUAAAUGGAAAAAGGCGGUGGAACGUAGUUUCGAUUGGGUUGAUCGUGGCCAAUCGAAAACUAUGACCGAAGAACGUUAUCGUAUGCUGUCAUCAGUACCUGGUAGUUUAUUCAUCAUUACGACAUUUGCAAUGUUGGCUCAUUCUCUAAGAAAUGUUAGGGCGUAG